AUAUUAUUAUAACUUUUGGUUGCUGAGAUAUUCAAGUGUUAAAAAGGGUCGAUUUGUAUGGAAUACAGAGCUGCGUCGCUGGCUUACAUGCGUCGCUCGCUUACCGAUUACGAUAUGGAUAAGAUCAUGGAUGAGAUAAUCCAUGUCGGUAGUUAUGCACAUGUUCCGCCUCUCCGGGUGGAUUGGCAGGGUUGAACACCUGACUCACUGGGCGAGGGAAGAAAAUAUGCCGAAGAUCCGAACCCAGUCAUAUCAAGAGCCCCAAGAGAGAAAGGGUGGAGGAAUGACUCAGCUUUAUUCGGAUCUCACGGCGUCCGAAUAACCUUCUUUCGGGGAGGACGGAGGUUUCUUCUCGUCUAUCCCACGAUCAAUCUCCACCUGGUCAAUCUUAUCAACAGAACUUUGAUUGACACAGCCCCUUUAGUCCGAAAUGUCCGGUCAUCCUUUGACAGCCAACGAAGAGUUGAGGCGACACGACAAGUCAGACGGAACAACUUGUCACAUUUUGCUCGGAAGAGGAUAGUCGAGUUUUUAGAUAUGAUUAUGCUCUCGACCAGUGAUCCGCCGGAUGAUCGCCCAUGUGAUUUGAUUCAUCCAGUUGUCUCCGGGCGGUGUGUGCGGGAGUGUGCCGCGUUGAUUGAUCGGCGUCUUGGGUUUGGGUCUAGAUUAUCAACUAGUCGGUAUAGUCAGCCUAACUAUUGGGUCGGUACCUAAACUAGUCCCAGAGCUAAAGAGGGACGGUCGAGGGACACUUGAGUACAGCACCUGGUUAAAGAGGACCUGAGUACCACAAAGUACGGUUUCUGAUCUAGAAUAAGAGGACUGGAGUAUGAACAGGGGUAAUGAGUGAGGAAGUAUUAUCUAUAUAAUAUUGCUGAUGCUAAGACUAUAUAAUAUUUCUAUGGAAGGUAAGAGGUAAACGCAUCGUUAUC